AUGAAAAGCGUUCGCCGCAGCAACAAGAAAAUCGGUGAAAUUUUGCCAGCAAAAUCGAAGCGAUUCGAACGGCGAUUGGUGAAGUACGAGGAGCUGCCUGAGUACUUAAAGGACAGCGAGUUCAUAUUGGACUAUUACCGCUCAGAAUGGCCCGUGAAGGAGGCUUUGUGGAGCAUCUUCGCGUGGCAUAACGAAACCCUAAACAUUUGGACGCAUGUAGGAGGCUUUCUCAUAUUCGCUGUGUUGGCGGGGAUGAGCACCACUGCGGAGCUCUGGAAUUGGCUCAGAUCCACCACGGCGCUCGGGACGACAGCGACGAUGGAGAUGAAUGGCUCUGACACUUUCUCGGAUUUGCAUUUUAGACACGUUGUGGACCCAUCUAUCCAUGGUGAGAUGAGAGGAUCUGGGGUAGAGAUAAUUCCUCGGUGGCCAUGGUUCGUUUUCUUAGCUGGAGGAAUGGGCUGCCUAGCUUGCAGUUCUCUUUCCCAUCUUUUGGCCUGCCACUCCAAAAACUUUAACCUAUUUUUCUGGCGUCUAGAUUAUGCUGGCAUUUCUCUUAUGAUUGUCUGUUCCUUCUUUGCUCCAAUUUACUAUGCUUUCUUCUGCAAUCCUUACGCAAGGUUAUUCUAUUUGGCGUCAAUAUCUGUACUUGGAGUCCUUGCCAUUAUUACCCUACUUGCACCUUCAUUUUCUACCCCUCGGUUCCGACCCCUCAGAGCCACCUUAUUCCUCUCCAUGGGCUUCUCAGGGGUAAUUCCAGCAGCUCAUGCUGUUGCCCUGUAUUGGGGCCAGCCCCAUAUAUUUGUUGCACUUGGAUAUGAGCUUGCUAUGGCCAUUCUAUAUGCCACUGGAGCUGGAUUUUAUGUUUCUAGAAUACCAGAACGAUGGAAGCCAGGAGCAUUUGAUAUCGCAGGGCAGAGCCAUCAAAUUUUUCAUGUUUUUGUUGUUCUAGGCGCACUUGCCCAUAGUGUUGCCACACUAGUAAUAUUGAAUUUCCGACUGGGAUCACCUACUUGUGCUUAUUAG